AUGUCAAGCAACAUGCAUUUAUUGUACUUUAAUUUUGUGGUUCUGUUAUCUGUUUGCGGACUGCGGUGUGUCGGUGAGUAUACUGCGAUAGAAUUAUCGGUUGUGAAAUUAACAGUUAGUGUACCGAAUUUGCGAAUUAAUUUUAAUGAUCCUUCGAGUUUCAAAUAUUUAGACGACAUCCAAGCAAUAAACUAAAUAGUAUUUAUCGGAAGUAUAGAUCGGUAGUCUCUAAAUCGGUCUGCGUUGCCUAUAUAAGUUUAUACGUGUAUUUUAAUUUUAGAGUACGACUUCUGAUUGAUUGUGCAUGGUAGGUAAACUGCUAAUUUCUUUGUAGAACUUGAUCAAACUUUAAACUCGUAUAUGAUGUCGUUGGCACUGUCAUAUUUUUUGCUAGUUAUUCUCCGUCAGUCGUCGACCGUUAGCAUGGCCUAAUACUGAGAAAUUUGCGAUAUCCAGCAAUAUCGUUGGCCUGCUGAUUAUGAAAUGGAACUUGGGCAUCAAUAUAUGUGUAUGUUCUUGUGAUUUACAAGCGUUGAGUUAUAUCUUAGGUCGAGGUCGUUUAUAAAGAUUCGACACGAGCGCAUAGUCCACAAUCAUGUGCGUUAAGCAUGAACCUGUAGUUUUAGUUCUUUUCUCGGAAAAUUCAGUUAUUAUUGUUUGUUUUCAAGAUCAUUUGGGCAGUUUUCCCGUUUUUUCUACUUCAGCUACAACGUAUGUACUGUAUUGGACCCCCUUGAUGCAGUGGUUAUUUGUUUAAAUCUGCUAAGCUACUCGAGUGAAGUUUGUUGCAAUUUUACGAUUAAGUGAAAAAGAUUUGGUAUACAAAUACAUGUACUACAAGAAAAUACACUUCAACAAUUGUCCCCAAUUGGAGGAGUGGAUAGACACUACGUGUAUUCUUGUUUAAUGUUUUCCCAUUCAUCUGUGAAUUGAGGACAUAAUAACAUGUUGAUUCACUUCUUUAGAGACUACAAAGUUCAUUUUAAUCAUACAUGUAUCUACUGGUUAAGAUCACCUUAGCAGUUUAAGCUACAGCGGCGACAAAUAUUAAUGAGUUGAGGCUCUUCGCCCUAAUCUGGGCUUUUUUUCUGUUUUCCUCACUUCAAAAGGGGAAAAUAUAGCUUUUCCUUCCUUAUCCCCUCCAGGUAGCUUGAACUGCAGCACAACAUUGCAUACAGAAAACAACAAACACCCCAACUUCAAAUGGAGGGGACCGGGGAGGGGUGUGGAUUCUUUUGUUCUCCUAAGUUACCCUAUUAGAGUACAAUGUCUCAACAAUUUUGUCGCAGAUUUUCUGAAUCACAAAUGUGGCCAUAUUUCCUUAAGAAAAUUAAUUCAUCCCAUUUCUUCACACUGGGAUGUAAAACCCCUGGUGGCUUUUUAUUCAGCUAUGUUUGACAUCGUCAUGCCUAUUUUACAACAAUUAUUAGAAAGUGGCGAUUUCAUUGUUUUCAGUGCGUGACAUUUCGUGUCACGCUUAACAUGCCUUGACAUAGUGUGAUGUGGCGCGUCGUGCAUGAUUUCUUAUUCUCUCCUUUAUUGAACCGAAGAACAAAGUGAAAAGGACAGAAAACAAAAUUUAGUUUUCUAGGCAAUAAAGUAGUGAUAAUCACUAAAAUUGCUGUCUAGUAGGGAUUUCCAUGAGUAACCACGAGUAACCAGGAUGAGUAUAAUAUAAAAUAUUAUUAGAUUAUCUUUAAGAGCAAAGUUGGUUACUUGUGGUCAGUCUCCUCCCAUCCUCGGAGGCCCAGGGGCAGAUAGUGGGGCGAGGGAAAUUCUAAACAGGCGGAAAAAUAUGGCACGAAGAAAAGUAAAGAACGGGGAGAAGAGCCCCUGGGGACAAUGUCUUACCAGGCCAGUUCCAAACGGUCGCUGCCGUUCUGGCUUCUGAUUGGUGCCAGAAAAACACAUGUUUUCUGGCAUAGCAAUCAUGGCUAUUUUAUCGUCGAUGACACCCUCAUUGCACGGCAGGUCAGCAUUCAUCAAAAAGUGGUCCCUUUCAAACUAGUUAAUUCCAAUUUUUAACCCUUUGAGCUGAGACUAAUAACACGAUAAUAGAACUAUGCAUUCCCAACAGUCAAAUGUUUUUGGAUUUUUGAUGUUAACGGUUUUUGGUGCGAAAAUGAUGUCAUAAGACUUGAGACUUUGUUCACUAAGACUUUGUUGGCUGAAGUUACCCUAUUUGAGUACAAUGUCUCAAUAAUUUUGUUGCUGAUUGUAGGUUCAGAUGUGGUUAUGGUUACCACCUGCACAUGGUGGUGUAGGCAGCAACAUCAGCUGCGUUAUGACGGAAACUGCAGCUGUGAGAAUUGCUACCAAAAUAUAACUAUCAGCCAUAAAAAGUUAUUGAAUGGGUGAUGGUGAUAAUAAUUGAUGGUCAGAAGCCAACAGUGAUUUUAUAAUUAAAAGUUUAAUAAACAGCAUUGAGAAGCUAUGCUCUACAAAAAAAGAGAGGAUGGUCGUAAGGUUGAUAUCUGUAAAAGCCUACAUAAAGAUUGUGUUCAAAUACUGAACUAUCAUUGGACCUCAGCUGAUAACACUUAGGACCCGUUCAGAUGCCAAACUUUUCAUGAGCCGAACCUAAUUCAAAUUAAGGCCGACCCAAAUUAUUUAGACCGGCUGAAUUGAUUCAGAAUGCCCAUCUUAAUUGCAGCUGAACUAAGUUGAAACUAGGCGAAAAAUGCUCAUUUUGAUCAAAGUGCUUACAAAAUACGUUAUAAUAAUUUAUGCAUUAGGUUUGGUACAUGAAUAGUUCGGCGUCUGAAUCAAAGCUGUUUCAAGGUCGCGUUAAAGGGGAAAUUCCCGGCUGGCCCAGGUGAAAGGAACGGCUGAGCCAUUCCAAAUUAAAAACAGGUGUUCCUAAUUUAUUCAGACACCGAACUUUUCAUGUACUUAAUUCAAUGUAUUAGGUUUGGCUCAUGGAAAGUUUGGCGUCUGAACAGGACCUUACCGAGACCUUGAUCAUUUAGGAUAUCACACAAACCGAAUCUACUGUUAUUGUUUUAUUAUACACUGUUUUGAAGAAAGUAACCACAACCCCCUUGCCCCCCUCUGCUUGCAGAUACAGCUGUAACUAACUAAUCUGAAGGUUGCGCUGAUUUCCAAAAUUAUGAUAACAAGUACAAAGAAAUAAAAUUAAUUCUGUUGAGUGCCUAGAAGCAAUGCACAUGUAUAAAUUAUAGUAAGUUGCCAGGGGCUUAUUAGUGCUGGUAGUGCAGUGUAAGCAGGGCUGUCACUAAGACUUCAAGUUACCAGGUAUAAUCAUGCAAUUAUAAGUCAGUGGGGAAUUGAACAGAUAGGAAUUUCUUUUUUGUUCCAUUUUCCUUUGUUUUCUAUGGAAAUACUGUAGCAGCUGGGUGGGUCACACUUAUAUAGUAGCCUUCGGAAAUCCUCGGCCCCUAUACCCCUUAGCAUUUGUUAUGAGUGUAAGGCUACAUGUAGGAUUAGCUGGUUAAUAUUAUUAUAGUUUUACAUCAAAGUGCUUGGUUCAUGUUUUGGGCACAUGGCAACCAAACUUCAUUUCUGGAAGAACACUAUGUAUUUAGUUGCUGGUAGGAUUCUUUGGCAGCUCUUGGGACUUGCAAGUCUACCAUCUUGUUGAUACAGAAGUGCUGGGUAAUCACAGAGUGGGAUAAUAAAACUCUUGCGUAUUGUUUUCUUUAAUAUGGUUCUGUGCUCAUGCUUUUACAGAUUGUAAACCAACUUUAAUUCCAUUAAGCGGGAGUAAAGUUUAUGUUCUUGAUGGAUCCAACUAUUACGCUUUGACUUGGAGCUACAACACUGAUGGACGCACAAUCAAAGAGGUGCAGCUGAAAUAUAGUGGCACAGGAAGUGUUGAUACAACUGUGGCUGGAAAAACUCCCACGGGACAACUUCAAGUCAACCCAGGAAGUGGCUACUCAGCUAGCAGAAUCAGCUAUUUUGGAUCGUUGUCAGCAAAUGCAGGACAGAUCACUUUCGGUAUAUCCAACAUUGCUCAAAGUGACAACAGGAUAUUUAAAUGUGACCUAUCUUUCGACUCAUUUGAUCCCCCUGAUAUACAAAGCUCUAUUGAACUUGUAGUGGUCGGUAAGUAAAAUAUUUAUUGUGCUCUUUAGAGUGCAAGCAAUUACAUAUAACCCUUUCCUUGCAGACACCUACCUUAGCCUCCCAUGCGGACAUUCUUAGGGGUUCAUCAUGGGUUCCUGUCCCACAAAAGUCUGAUAAAACGAUCAGUUAUAUUUCUUUCCCAUUGUUCGCAAAUGUCAACCGUAGCUCAAGUGCUGACUAUUGGAGAACCGAUCGGCAUUGUUGAAGUCAAAGUGUUGACCAGCCAAACAACACAGUAUAGAGUGUGAUACAGUUGCUGUACGUGACCAAAGAGUUUUGCUCCAGACAAGAAUGUAGGAGAUAAUGAUUCGAUUAUUUCUCUCAGUUUGAAGGUGUGCGAGUUGAUUGAGCAGUUUGUUCUAAAAGUGAGACGUUUCUGAUCUUUUCUGAAGUCUUGUGCAGAAUUUCUCAAGGUCCAAAGAAGACUUCCCAGAUCGGAAGUGUGCUGUAAUUGGUCCACGAUUUUUCCCUCUCUUUUUGGCAGAUGUUUGUGGGACAAAAAUGUGUGCCAAACCCCUAAGAACGUCUGCGUGGGAGGCACCCUGUUACCCUGAGGAGCAGUUUCCUGAGAGUAAAAGUCUUUGGUGCUUGGUACUAAUAAAAAGACCUCACUGAUACUUAGUCAGUCUAGGUCAUUUAAUUUUUUAAUUUACAUGUAUUUUGCAAGGGUUAAUUUACCAGAACAUUCAUAUUAGCUGAGGCAUUUGUCUAGUUAUUGUGCAAAAAAUGUACAUGCAUGACAUUGACUCACCUGUUACUUCAUAGUAGAGGUGUGUGCGGCAGAGCCUCCAUUGCUAAGGAAGAUUGGAAACCCAUUGAUGCAAGAAAAUUUGGUUAUGCCAUCACCGUACAUCCAUACGUUCUUUCAGGGUAGUACUAAGUAGAUAAGAAUUCCUCCCCCUUCCCCUUGAGAGCUUUGUCUCAUAUUAUUUCAAAAGGCUUUAGAAAUGAUUGAUGAAUCAGAAUCUGUCUAGUGAUCAUUUGUUGGUUUUUAAGGGGUAGCUUGGGCCGGGGGAAGACAUGGAUUCGACACCAUUUGACUUACAGUACAUUGUCAUCAGAAUGGCUGGCAUGGGUUUCCCAUGCAGUGGUUUUCAAAACUACAAUUUUUGCAUUUCAAGGUUGAAAUUUACAUGUACACUGAUAAAAGACACAAAAUUAAUGGAAAGGGAAAGUUCAAAAGAAUGCUCACAGUGUUCUCACCAGGCCGUGGCCUAUACAUGUAUGUAUGCUGGAUUCCCGCAAGAAAAUCUGAAAUCAAGGCACAUAAAAAGCCAAGAAAGUGCUCUCCCAUUUGGGUGCAGAGGCAUGCUAUGAGUCAAACAGACUUUAGAGUGGCUACAGAACUUUAAGUAGUCCUAAUGGUGAAACUAACACUAUACCUGCCAACUUUUUCUGAGUCAAGUGUGGGAGAUUUUCACGUUGUCAUGACCAGACUUUCUGAAAACGUCCAGACGACUUUCUGAAGAUUUCCAACGACUUUCUUAAGACUUCCGAACAUUACUGAAAAUGUCUGCAGAUUUUCUGAAGACAACAACAACAAACUGAUAAACGACAUAAACUUUAUUUUCACUUGAAUUUUGGAGUAGCUAGCUGGCUAAUAUCUUCUAGCUGACACCACAUAAACAUACAUUAAAUACAUUACAAGAAUGAAAAAAAAACUAAGUACUUAAAAGACGACAAUUUUAGCCCAGCGUGCAAAGAAAGUAGUGUCCGGUAGCCCGGGGCUAGUGGAUUUUGCUAUCGGGCUAGUGAAAUCUGUUUUUAACUUGCCCGAUGGGCAAGUGAUUUUCUUUGACGAAUUCGAAUAACAGAAGAAGUGUGAAAUCAAUUCUGCUCGACGAAAAGCUUUUGGGGCUAGUAAAGACAUCAGGGCUAGUAAAUGCUAGCUUCAGCUUGCCUGAAUGGCAAGCUGUAAAAAUGAUUUUCUUUGCACCCUGUUAGCGUGCUUUGAUUUUGUUAGAACACAGAUAGAAUUUGUACAGUGACUGCCAACGUUAAAAUAGGUUGUAUAGAAGAUGUUUCAGGCCACAAAACUGUCACCUUAAUGGGGUCAGUGAACCGUUUACCUAGAGAAGAUGAUUUGACACAUUUAACAUCUUUUUGGAUUGAACUGUCAUUACUUCAGUAUUGUCUGCGGCUGUGCUUGGCAAGUUAACCAGGUUAGUUUUUGAAAAACCUGGUAACAAAUUCUUUGGAACAUACACCGUAUUCACAAAUGGCGGACACGCGGGGAAAAACUGGUGCCUAGUCAUGAAAGCGAGGCGUUGGAGGAUGAACAAAAAUUACAAAUGAAGACUUUCAGUGAACUUGCAGAGUGUUUAGCACCGAUUCCACCUAAAAUAACUUUGUAUGAUACAAUUACGUGGGACGUCUUCUGCUUUUAAUGUUUAGUAUUGAUUUGCUGUUUGCAAUCAAAAGGGACGCGUAUAUCUUCAAGGAAACAGGAUGAUUUUGUAGGUUCCCGAAGCCCAGAAGCUCGACAAGUGGGCGAUGGCUGGAGAAAAGCGGCAAACAUGUUGGCCCACACUUCACACUGAACCCGGCUCCCUGCAAUUCGGUAAAACACAAAUAUAAACAAUGCAAAAUAAAAAUCUUGGUGGCAAGAAAAAAAGAAAUAAGAUAUAUGGCCUACUUGUUAAUGCAAGAGACGUCUGCUAUUGAACAAAACAGUUCAAGUCGAGAUAGAAAAAAGGAAGACAGGAAAGAAGCGGAGACUGAGGUUUCGAUGAAGUUAUGUUUGGUUUUGGUUUGCCAGGACGUUAUUCUCUGGUCUUUAUCGAUGAAGGGCAUCAAUUAGAUCUAUUUUUUAGUAUAAAUGCAGGAGUGAUCGAGUGGAGUACGUUCAAAAUUUCAACAUGUUACUCGGCAGACUCGGUAAGCCGGCCACAUAUCAUUUCAGCGAGUAAUUUUCGUAUUUCUUAUCUUUGGCUGUUAAGAGUUUUAACUUUAUGUUCCAUAAUAUUUUAAAAGUGAAGAAUACAUAAAUAAAUAAAAUGAUGGUCUUUUUAAACGGAUCCGGACUCGAAUUUAAUUAUUCGAAACUGAGAAGCUUGCCGUGUUCAGCCCUGACACAAACAUUGCCUGAAACGUUUAACCUAGUAAAAUGUGAGCUUUAUACCACUUUUUUACCAAGAGUUCUCCAAGAUAAUGCCCUAAAGGAGACCAGGCAAACAGCAAGCCAUAAGAUUCACACACUUUAGCUUCUAAUUUUGAUAAAAUUAUUUUAUUUCGCAAUGAUAAAGAAAUCAAAAGAUUUUUGCUAAGCUCUGCCAACGUACCUCUAACAAUAAAAUUCACUCCAAAGCGACGGAAUUAAUAUGAUCCAAAGGAAGUUGUAAAUACAGACAUACAUAGAUAUGUAUGAAAUGACACUUACAUGAAUAAAUGAGUCUCGUGAAUGAAUCUUUCACCCGCUCUCGACUUGACCUGUUUUGUGUAAUGGCACUAAGUAGGCUGAUAUAUCCGUCGCUUAUUUCUUUUUUCCUUGCCACCAAUAUCUGUUUUUAUUUGUUUUACCGAAUUGCAGGGAGCUGGCUUUCGUAUUCGGGUUCAGUGUGAAGUUUGGGCCAACAUGUUUGUCGCUUUUCUCCAGCCAUCGCCCACUUGUCGAGCUUCUGAUUCUUCGGAAACCUACAAAAUCAUCCUGUUUCCUUGGAGAUAUACGCGUCCCUUUUGAUUGCAAACAGCAAAUCAGUACUAAACAUUAAAAACAGAAGACAUCCCACGUAAUUGUAUUUAAAAAGAGGUCCAUACAAAGUUAUUUUAGGUGGAAUCCGUGCUAAACACUCUGCAAGUUCACUGAAAGUCUUCAUUUGUAAUUUUUGUUUAUCCUCCAACGCCUCGCUUUCAUGACUAGGCACCAGUUUUUUCCCGCGUGUCCGCCAUUUGUGAAUACUGUGUAUAACCUGGUUAAAAGAGUUUUUUGUCAGCAGACAGACUCAAUCUAGACUCUAACAAAGUCAUUCAUUGGCGCGCAGUGUUUGGUUUUCUUUGCUCGCUUGGGCCGCUCAUAAUGCUCACCUAAGAGUGAGUGACAAAAGUUAUUAUUAUUUAUUUAUUUUAGUAUAGGUAAUAGCAUGAUUUGUAGUGAUAUUUGGCAUAAAUACCACAAGUGAUAUUUCGAAAUUGCUAUACGUAAUUUCACGAGCCGUUAGGCGAGUGAAAUUUGAGACAAUUUUGAAAUAUCACGAGUGGUAUUAUUUUAUAAGCCAAAUAUCAUGUACAAAUCAUGCUAUUAUUUGUUUAUACUACUACCCGGGAAAGGUUUGUAAUUUUCACAUGUAGGUAUUUCAAAUUAAGCUGAAAUACCACUGCUCUAAGCCAACCAAAUUGCGGAAAUUUCUCAUGUAGUAGUAUAAUACCAGUAACACCUACCAGGGCUGAAAAUAACGGAGAGCAGGUCGCCGGUCAUGAUGACCGGCCAAAUAUUUUUUAGCUCGGACAAACCCCAAUUCUGGCUGGUCAAAUAAUGAAUACUAUUUUUUUUUGCCUAAGGAAUAUCGAAUUACGCUGGCAAUAGAUCGUUGUUACUACAUUGAAUGACGUUCACAUUUUUGACAGCAAGUUGGUGAAAAAUGUAUUCACACGUUGUAGAGUUCCUCGUACGGCGGUGUCCGAAGUCUCUAAAGGUAAAAAGUGAAGCAUAAAUCCUUUUCAAACUCUCAAGGUUUUAGGAAAUGGAAUACACAUACAGUUUAACAAAGUUUAGGAAUUAUAUGAAAAAAAAAAUGAUUGGGGUUAUUAAAGAACAAAAUCUGCAGACGUUUGUUUUACGUUGAUGUUCAGAAAAGAACAUUGGUGAAACCUGAUCUUUUUCCUUGCUGGACACGUUUUCAAAAGUCUCCUCCACAAAGAAGAAUCGUUGCUAAUAUUUUCGGCAAAGAAGUUGAAUUGCACUGGCGAGAAGUUUGUUCCCCAAAGAUAAUUAAUUAAUUAAUUUAUUGUCAGUAGCCAAUAGAUAUACAGCAGAGUUUUCAUUUGGGUCAUCCCGCAACACUUUAUCACAAAGGGCUCAAAUGUCAACAGAAGUUUACAUAAAGUUGUUUACAAGAAGGAGAAUUAAGUGCCGAGAUAGACAACGAUGUUCCCUCUCCAUUAGCUUAAAAUUAAUUUUUAUUAGACUAUUCUGGAAUCGAAUCCGCAAAUGAGAUUCUUGUUCGACUUAUAAAGAAAUUAUUAUUAUUAAUAAUUGACGCACUAACAUUAUUCAUGGAGAAUUGGAUUGCGGCCUGUUGAGAAUAGACCUUGUCACAGUUUUCGACAUCAUCUUGGCAAGACUGGGGUUUGACCGGUCAAGUCCGCAAUCAGGUCAGACAUUGUCCGUUGACCAGCCAGUAUUUUCAGCCCUGCCUACUCUUUGAAGCCAAAGAUUGAUGGCAUUGACCCGUACUACUGAUGAAAAGAGGUCGACUCCUUAAAUCUUAACUCAAUUGUGUUACGAAAGGAAAAGGAAAGCUGACCUUGGGGCAAAAGAAGUAAUUUCCAAACUGUCGUGCUUGUGUGCAUAGUAAAGCCAAAGUUUGGACCAUUCUCACGCGUAGGCAGAGAUGAUCACCUGAUUGAUAAGUUUAACCUGCGUUAAACUACCUCGCGAGGUGGGUUUAAAAAAUGUAACCUGGUUAAGAAAACCUAUUGUUCGUGCUUUAUUUGCAUAACCCGGUUAGAACUCUCCUAAGACUGUAGAAAAUGCGGCCGCACUCGCAUUUUUUUUUAAACGAGUUGACUUUAAUAAUAACUAUUUAUUAUUAGUUAAUCAGGGCUGGUAGCCGGCCAAAACCACCGGCUAGUUAGCCAUCCUUAGCCAGCUACUUUCAUCUCCUUCUACCAUAAUUGAUGACAAAAAAUAAGCACCAUUAAAUAAAAUUGUAAAGCAUCCGUUUCCCAGUUUUGAAUGACAUUGAACACAUAUAAUUUUAAACAUGAAACGUUUGAACCGUGCGAUAUUGUGGAACGCCUGGGACAUUUUGACGGCAUUUUUCCCAGUCUUGCAUGUAUUCUGACGAAACAGCAUGGUGUCCGCAGUGGAAAGUACCUCCUGAAAAUCCCUGGAAAAACCAUUUUGGAGACUCUAAAUUUCAAAAUGUCCCUAGAUGCCUCAGCCCUCAAGAACUUGUGCCUUUGGUGCGAGUUCCAAAGCCGCCUUUUACUCAUUAUCAGCCUGCUUCUUAAAACUUUUUGACAGCCCUGGUUAAUUGGAAAUAAUUCAGUUAACUCCCCAGCAGCCAUUAUGUUUUAGUAAAAAACAAUUUGUCAGGAUCUGUCAUUCAGGUGUGAGAAAAUUGGCUUUGAUGUGUGGGAUACAUGUCUUUAGUCCACAAGCAUGAGACUUACACAUAAUGCGUUAGAGUUGGCGGGUAUGUAAAACCCCAGCAUUUUGCUUGGUUGAAUGAAGUUAAAAAACAUAAAAACAUGAUAUCAAAAGAUUCAAAUUCUUUAAUUUUACUUCCUUAACUUUUGUUGGUCCCACUUGCAUUGCGAAGAUUGGUGCAUGCAUCAUUAUCGAAUCAUAAACACCCCGUCCACCUUAUUGGAUCAGGUAGGUACUUCGAAUGUAACAGAUCGUUUGGAGUGCAGGCUUACUUUGUCCCCCUAAUGUUCUUACAGGGCCCCUGUUUCUCAACAGAAGCGGCCCUGGGACUCCCUAAGGCAAAAUCCUGGUGAAAACACUGUGCUCAUUUUUUUUGUGGACAUGAAAGCCUUUGAGGAAUUCAACAUUGUUUUCUUCACAGUAGAGCGCUUGGUCUUUUUUGACCCAACCAAGGCAGCAAAGUUUUUGAAGAAAUUUCAUGUACAUUCUGUACAAUGGUCAAGGAAAGUAUGUUUCUAAAAAAGGGGAUUGUAAAAGGUUUCAUACAUGUACUGGUUUUGUUCAUCUUGACAUCAGCGUGAAAGAAAAACUACAAAAUGUGCCCGAUUUGAAGUUGAUUUUAGCAGGCCUGUAGGGAGGAGGGGUGAUGAUAUGCAUUUUUCGUUUUUUUGAGUAGCCCUUUAUCUUUGAGCAUAGUUUUAAAUAUCUACUGUUUUCUGUGGAAAAAAAGUAAUACUCGCGGCACAAAAGAGGCUCUCUUCCCUGGCUGCUAUGCACGUCCACCGUCUAACAGAUAAUAAUAAAGCUGUCUCUUUGCCAAAAAAAAUCAAUUUUGAAAUUUCAAAAUUUGAGAAAUAUCCGUGUUUUUCAAAACAUUCGCAAUACAGUCUCAGACCCUAAUUCACUACCACACCCCCCCCCCCUCCACCCGGAGACUUCCUCAUCCGGUCUUGUUUGGUCCGCCUCCUCCUUGGAUCGCACCUCCCCAUAAAAAAAACCUGGCUACGGGCCUGUUUAGGUUGAAUUUUGGCAUAUGCUUAGCUGUCUUUACUACAAUGUAGCUUUCAUUACUUAGAGGGGACUGUCACUUUAUAGAGGGAAAAACUAACUGAAUGCACAAGCAAAAUAACGAGUUUAUGUGACAAUGUGACAAAUCUAAAUUUAAUGUAGAAUGUAGACUGAGAAAAAAACAAGAGUCUAUAUUAUUUUCUGUAUCAUUCUUGCUUGAAUCUCUACGGUAAAUUGCCUAAAAUCCAAAAAAUCACAAAGAAGUGUCCUGCAAAAAUUUGUGGUUUUUGGCUCAAAGAUGCUUUCAGAAUGUCUUUCAGAAAUGGCCAGUAUUUGCACUUUAUUCAUUCUUUGUUGCGGAAAAUACGCCAUUACGCCAAAUGUUAGGUGAUCACUAGUCAAAGUGAAUAUAAUGUUUCAUCAAUCAUGACUUUAUUUCAUGAGUUUUCCCGAUUCGCGCUCUCUUUACCGGUCAAUUCACGGAUCACACAAAACCCCUUUCAGACCUUAUGUUAGGUUAAUUCUAAGAGGUACCAUAUAGUGCAAGUAUUUUUCAAACCCUGUAUCCAGGAUUGUAAAAGAUGUUUUACACAUUAAAUGAGUAAAAAUAAUAUACCAAUUUAUUUAACAUACUUUAUGUACAAAAUACAGUGAAACCUCAAGUGUCCGCUGAAUAGAGGGUGUCCGCUUAAUAGGGAUUUGUCGGUAAAAACUGUGCAAUGUUUGUUAACGAGUAAUAUCAACAGUUACUCUGUACUGUAAUAAUUAUAAAGUUCCAUGUUGUUGAGGAAGCUAUCCAGAGUUCAAGUUCAUUAAUUACCAACUGAAUAUUGGUCUAAUCUACCUGUAGUUUAUUGACAGCUAAAUGUACUGAUUUAGGGAAAGUUCAUUUAAUAUGACAAGGGGGGGGGGGGGGUGAAAGAUUUUGGGGGGUAGCCCGAAAAUUUUUUAAACCCCCAAGGGGGGGGCUUGGAAAAAAUUUUUGGGUUGGGAAGGGCACCGGCUGGACCCCCGGCAACACACCGAUUCGGUAGCCGGCUUCUGUCUUAAAAAAAAAACAACAUGAAAAAAAAAUGAAGANAUCAUACAGAUCGGAUGGUUUUCAACUCAACAAUUUAAUGACCUGUGCAACUCAGCUAUAUCACGUGGUUUACAGAUAUAACAAAUGUAGUCUCAGUAAUUAUUACACUCUUGUUCAUCCCAAAAAUGCUUUAGAAAAUUUCAAAAAUUAGAAAUGCUCAAACUUUUUAUAAUAAAACCACAUUGAUUCAACAAGAUUUCAAAAUCUGCUAACGGGAACUAUAAAAACGAUGACUCUGUAACAAGAAAUGUUAAGAAAUGAAGGAGGACGGGGGGGGGGCUCUGAAAUUUUUUCGACUACCAGGGAGGGGGCUCCUAAAAAAUUGAACCACUAGCGAGGGGGGCUGGGGGGUUACCCCACCUAAGCGGGUUACCUCACCUGCCUGGGGUCCCCCACCUCCAUGUAUACAGGCUCUUUUGGCCUUAAUAUAUGAUACCUGAGAAAGCUUUCAUGGACUCAUUUUACUGUUCAUGUACCUGUACUUGUGUCUGGGUUGCAUGUGGGGGUACCCCUUCAAGCCCCAAUAGUGACCAACAUCAAUUUUCUCCUAACAAUAUCCAUAUGUUGCCAAGAGAAAUGGUUAUGAGAGUUAAUAAUAUGAUCACCUAAGAGAAAAGGCUUUGAUCUUAAACCAAAUUCUCUCAACUUUUUGUUUAAGGAAGUGUAUGGAGACCAGUCUGGAGAAUUUGUAUGUGGAUAUUGGGGAUGAAAGGGGUACAUGUAUUCACUGCGUGUUUUUGCUGAUCUUUGUUCUUUAAUCCUCAGUUGCACCAAAAAUCACACUGAAAUCUCAACGUACUGUAACAGUAGAUGAAGGCAAUGUGAUAACGCUACUGUGUGUUGCCACUGGCAACCCCAAACCAUCUAUCACCUGGACAAACGGCACUUUAGUUAAGCAGCAAACCUCGAUUACCAACUACACCAUAUCAUCAGCUGCCAAACAAGAUGCAGGGACAUACACCUGUACAGCUCGUGUUGCUGUUCCGUUACCGAACGUGCAACCUGAUAGUUACCAAGUGACUGUGAUAGUGAGAUGUAAGUGUGUUCAGUUUGUGUUAAUUAAUUAGUCUUUUGAAACUGAGUUCUUAGUAUUUGCAUGAAAAUUAAUGUUAUGUACAUGUACCGCCGUAUGCCCCAUUUUCCUUUAACACUUAAUAAACACUGUAUUUUUUCCCCUGGCUUUCUAGGCAUUACACCACAAACAGCUGUCCAAAUUCAAUUUUUAUUAGUUCAAGAGCCAUUUUAUGUAUUUUCUUUUCAAAAUAUCAUUUUUGCUUGUUUUACCUUCCCUACACAUGUUCUAUAUACAUUUAGUUCAAGCUACAUGCAUUUAAACUGAAGUCUAUUAUGUCUAGUAACGUAGCCUAAAACUGUUUUGUUUGAUGGAAAAAAGGUGGAAUAGUAGAUGAUUAGUUUUCUGAUGGAUUCAAAUAAAUAAAAUCUACUUAGCUGCCCCAAAAAGUUUUCAGGGACUACUGUCAAAGUAUUUAUAGGCAAAAUCAAUCCAAAUCAGACAUACAUUUGAACAUUGUAACAUGAUUAAAAACCCAGUUAGGCAGGAGGCAAAACAGUUGUUUACAUGCGAGGUGGAGGAGUUAAAUUUGGAAUAGCCUGCGAUCAUGCCCUCUCCCUUUAUCUCUGUAAUCUGUUUCCGGGAGGAGGGCAUGAUACAAUCCUUUCACAGAUCACAUGCAAAAAAGCCAGAAUCUGGACUUUUUUUGGUUGAGCGCAUGCUCGUUAAACAAAGUGCUAUUUUUGCGCCGGGACAUGCUGUAUUGUCUAUGCAAGCAAUAUGAUCAUGUCAUAAUGUUGUCAAAGAACCAAUCUGCACACUCCCCUGGCAGUUUCUUGAUCAACUUAGGUGCAAAUAGCUGUAAAUUAAUCAACCAUGGAAUAAAACCCUUGGGUCAACAAUAAAUUAAACGUUGGUAGUGCUGGCAAAAUGGCUAAUUUUCCUGCGAUUUUAGUACUCCUCCAGCCCACUUCAGGUUACUGUGAAAUACACUUCUACUUUGAAAUACACUCUGAGAUCACUGAGAUACAUGUGCGUGGGGUUAUUAACUGAUAGAAUUGAUAAUAAAUUGGAAAAAUGUAAUUUAAUUAAUCAGCAUGCGCUGAACCGUGAACCUGUCCCUUUUAAUUUAGAAAUAUAAGUCAUAUAACUGCGUGUACUUAAUAAACAAAUCCAGCUAGUCAUUAGAAUAGGAUUUGAAACUCUGGAAUGCAAUUCAGCCAUACUGACUGAUGGUAGCCUGCGUGCCGUCGCAGAUGUAAUCUAUACACCCAGUUAGUAAAGUUUGCAAAGCAGCACCAGGAUUCUUGUUCUGAUCCCCAACAAAUUUCCCUUCAACCUGAUUAACAAAUGGACGAUGGCAUCUAUGGACAGACCAAUGAUGGCGCAUUGUCAAAUCCUGAGUUUUAUUUUUGUCUGUCGAACAGGCUACAAUCCUCCUGUAGGAUUAUACAACAUUCUGAAACUGUAGUAAUAAAGUUUUUUUUUCGUGUUUUUAGAUAAGCCUCAAAUUAAUUUUCUGACGUCGAAUCGAACAGUAAAUGAUGGCACUAAUGUGUCAUUCUCCUGUCGAGCUGAUGCUGUUCCCUCACCUACCACAUACAACUGGUUUAAAAAUGGAGUAAUAAUACCCAGUGGUUCAAGUGGAGAUUUGGUCAAUUCUGGUCAAGAAUUAACAGUGACAAAGGUUAAAAAGGGAAGUGCUGGCCGAUACAGUUGUUCUAGCAGAAAUGAUGUGGGAACUGGAGAAGAAAGAUCUACCUUUCUUACUGUUAAC